AUGGCAGAGACAGUAACCAUCCACCAUGAGGGUUACCCGCACCUCGUACGUAACAUCUUCGACCAAGCCUCCCGGUCUGCCCUCAUAGCGCUUCGGGGCGUCUCGCGCGCGUUUCAAGACGAGGCGGACUCGCGGCUGGCCGAGCACAUUGUGGUUACGAGCCACUUUCCAGCUGCGGUGACCGGUCGGCUAGGCCGCAUUCCCGGCUUGUUCGCUCCCGAGGGAACGCCGCCGUCGAAGAAGAGGGACAAAUACGUUCGCACCCUGCGGGGCACGCGGAUCGUCGAUGUGCUCGGCCAUAUGGGCGACCAGGCCAUGGGCCGGUCCCUCCUGGACGUGUCUCUUGUGGGAAUCCAGGUUGUGCGACUGCGCCGUCACCCUGGUGGCCGGCUUCCCGGCUGGUGUCCAUUCGUCGCCCCGACGCUGGUGACAUUCACGACGUUCUCCGAGGUCCGGCAGCAACGACACGACCACCCUGCCAUUGCCGACGUGUGCCCCGCGCCAGAGGGUGUGGGACGUUCGGUCCUUGUCCUGCGCUAUGAUCCGGCGCGCGUCUGGCUUUCACAGGCGUACGUCACACCGUUCUCUUGCCCUGCUUCCUUGCGCGAGAUGGUCAUCAUUUUCACGGCAAAGACGACACACCGCGAGGACGAGGUCAACCAAGUCCGUCAAGCGACCCGACGCGCCGGCAUGCUCAACACAGUCGUGUUUAGUAUCGCGUCAUCUAUACCGCGGGUGAAGUACACCCUGGUGGACGCCCACCAGUUGCGGCCGGCGUGGCUUGGUGUUUCCUCGGACCGCGGCAGCUCGGUGGAGGAGGACAUUCUGGACGCCGUCCUGGAAUCGUUGCAAAAGUGGUCCGGAAGGGACCCAGCAUCUGCCGCGGCCGCCCUGUCUUCCAUUACGUUCAUGACGCGUGCCGAAUACCGGGAACAGGUGGGCCACGCCCAGUUUGUGCUUGAGACGAUCGAGUAA